AUGAGAGUGUGUUUUCACGUUACAUGUGUCAAUUCUCUAGGUCUUUCAUUAGCCAAUAUCAACGAAAAUACGCCAAAUCCAGAAGGAGGCGAAAUUGAAAAAGAUUCAAACGGAAAACUUACAGGUAUUGUUAAAGAAAAUGCUCAAUACAUGGUAUAUAAAGUAGUUCCAAAGCCAACCCUCGAAGAUAUUAAGAAAAUGCUUUUUUCUGCAACAACAAAACUAAAUCAGUUCGGAAUUACUUCUGCUCAGUCAGAUGACUUCACAUGUUUCGAUGUUCCAUACGAUACAGUCAUUCAAGCUUAUCAAGAGCUAGAAAAAGAAGGAAAAUUAAAUGUUCGAAUUAAUCAACAAUCCCAGAUCAAAACUCCAGAAGCAUUGGAAGGUUUUAUCUCUAAAGGAUACAAAACUGGCUUCGGUAGCGAUAAAUUCAAGAUCGGACCACUAAAACUCUUAGGAGACGGAUCUCUCGGCGCCAGAACGGCAUUUUUGCAAGAACCGUACAGUGAUGAUCCAUCCAAGAUCGGUAUAUUGGUCUACAAGCAAGAACUGCUGGAAAAUUUAAUAAAAAUCGCUCAUAAUAAUAAUAUUCAAGUUGCAAUACACGCAAUUGGCGAUGGCAUAAUGAAAAUGCUGAUUAAUACAAUAGAGAAAGUAUCUAAAGAGAAUCCAAAGCCGGAUAUUCGCCAUGGAAUUGUUCAUUGCCAAAUAAUGGACAAAGAAAUACUAAAGAAGUUCACUGAGCUCAAGUUAUUAGCGUUCAUUGACUAUGAUAUCACCAUUGUUAAACAAAGAAUUGGCGAAGAAAGAGCGAAAUUUUCUUAUAAUUUCAAAACUCUUCAAGACUCGGGAGUUAACAUUAGUAAUGGAUCGGGCUGUCCUGUGGAGACUCCAAACCCAAUGGCGGGCAUCCAAUGCGCUGUUACUCGUCAAGAUAUUAAAGGAAAAUUUGAACCUUAUCUCCCUGAUCAAGGAUUAACGAUAGAAGAAGCGAUAAAGAGUUAUACGAUAAAUGGCGCGUACGCAUCAUUUGAAGAAAACAAAAAAGGACAAAUCAAAAAAGAUAUGAUAUCAGAUUUCGUAAUUUGGGAUAAAGAUAUUUUCACAUGCGAUGUCCAUAAUCUCCACUUGAUUCGACCAUUGAAAACUUAUCUCGGUGGAAAACUCGUUUAUCAAAAUGUUUGA